UUCUCACAAGAUUGAGGGCAUUUCGGUAAUUUGAUCGUAAUCCAUUCCCUAAAACACGAGCACGUCGAAAACGUGAACGAGCCUUUUCUGUCUUCGUUUUGAAGCUGGGACGCCUUCCGUGCAGUAGCGUCGUCGAGGUUUCAUCUCAGAAAUAUGGCGGGCAACUCGGAGGAAGACUCGCACCUCGCCCGAGUCGACUCGCUCUCGUUGCCUCGCGACGCGCUCAAGGACUUGCUCUCCCUCGGGGUAUGUGGUCGCUGUAUCUUCCGAUUGUUUGGGGUCCAUUCCCAUGCUUAUUCUUCCUCAUUUCUCUCAACGUCAAUUUUGCCUUCAGUUCUUGAAGAACCAAAAAUUCACCACGAAAGUACUGUAGGAAAUGGUUCUGUUUCAAACGGAAGUUUGCAUGCUCCUCAUUCUCUUCAAGAAUCAGAAAGUGAACCAGUAUGCAGCAUCUGUUUAGGCAUAUUGCAAUUCAGCCAUGCUCACGAUCAAGGAAAUUGUGUACCUUGUGAGACAAGAGCUCCCAUCAAUGCUUUUGCAGCAUCAAUUGCUGAACUAGUAAAAAAAGAGGGUCAUCAGAUUGAUAGUUUUUCUCUUGAAGUCUCUAUACCACCAGUUAUCUUGGAAAAGGAAGGGACUAUCAGGUUGUAUAUGAAAAAUAAGUACGGAUCUGAAGAUUGGUUCCAAGAGAAGCUUCUUACUGAAAAUAUUUCUGUGAAGGAUGCCUUGAAAUUGUCAAUAACAAACUUGCUUGAAACCUUGUUGGCUGUUGAUUCUGGAGUAAGCUCUUUCCGUGUUCGUCUAACAUAUGCUCAUACUAAAGCAUCAAUAAAGCUUCAGAAUUUGCAAGCAAAAGAUCAUGGUUGCAAGAGAAGGAAAACAGGCACAGAGGACUGUGUGGAUACUGUCAAGGAUUCGCUUGUUCAAGCUGGCACAGAAUGUAAUGUAUAUUUGAAUGGUGACUCCGAUGCAGUCAUUCAAAAGACUCUUGAUGGUUUGCAAGAUCACGCCUGCCGACGCUUGGCAUCACCACCAGAGAAAGCCUACAAAGCAUGCGGCAUGACAUUUCAUUGCUACAGGACACCUAUUUACAUUGGUGGGAGAUACUUGAAGUAUUCAAGAAAUGUCAGCCAGACACGAUGGGUAAUCGAUGAUGAGAGAAUGGGAGAAGCAUCUGUUGAGGAGAUAAUUGGGAGCAGCAUUCUUCUUAUAUGUAGAGGUGACAACUACAAAUUUCACGCUGCUGGUAGAGAAGAUAUCGAUGUUCGAAUGUUGGGUUCUGGCCGCCCGUUCCUGGUUGAAGUUGUAAAUGCACGUUGUGUUCCUUCUGCAGCUGAGAUAGAAGUAAUAGAAGACCAGAUAAAUAAUUCAAGAGAAAGAUUUGUGAGGGUGAGAAACCUCAAGGUAGUUGGGAAUCAAGCAUGGGACUUGAUGCGUGAAGGAGAGGCAGAGAAACAGAAGCAAUACGCUGCACUGGUGUGGAUUUCUCGCCCCCUCGAGGAUAAGGACCUGCAAACCAUAACUUCACUUAAGGACACGAAUAUUUUGCAAAAAACACCAAUUAGAGUGCUUCAUCGUCGAAGUCCUCUAGAGCGCAAACGGACAAUACAUUGGAUGCGGGUUGAGAGAAUUGCUGGAAGUGAUCAGUAUUUUCUAUUGCAUCUAUGCACUCAGGUAUCAUACAUGCAGGCUGGUACAUAUAUUAAGGAAUUUGUACAUGGAGAUCUUGGCCGCACUGAUCCUAGCAUUGGUUCAAUAUUAGGCUGCAGAGCGGAGAUCUUGCAACUUGAUGUAACUGAUGUGAAGAUGGACUGCUUUAAUUGAAUAGCUAGUCAACAUAGUUUUAGCUUGCAUUUCUACUAUGGCUCCUGUCAGAGGUUUACACUCCAUUCUCUUAGCUAUUCCAUUUUAUUUUAACCCAUUUUGAAGUUAUGGUAUAUUAUACUUUAAUUUAUAAUAAUGUCUAUGAAGACUAAGCAUGUACAUGAAAAUGUAGAAGAGAUUAAAGUACUAUACUAUAUGUACUAAUAACUGUUACAAGUUCUCGAGUGCUUUAUCAUCUGUUUUGAUUUGGACAUUUACA